CAAAUUGUUCCCAUCAUUAAAAAGACUGUACCUUGAUAAUAACAUGCUAAAUGGGACAAUUUCUGAAGAUCUUCGAUUUCCAACACAACUUGAGGAAUUAUCCUUGAUGUCAAACUCUUUGAAAGGUGUGUUAUCUGACUCCCAUUUCUAUAAUAUGACAAAGUUAAAGACAUUGAUGUUGUCAGAUAACUCACUCACGUUAGAAGUUAAUCAAAAUUGGGGUUCAACUUUUCAAUUGGAUAAUAUUGAAUUGAGGUCUUGCAAGCUUGGUCCUUUGUUUCCCAAAUGGCUAGAGAAACAAAACAAAUUUCAAUACCUUGACAUUUCAAAUAGUGGAAUAUCAGGUACGGUUCCAAAAUGGUUUUGGACCAAAUUUGGAUUGUCCAAUUGGAUGAGUAUUGAUAUUUCGUUUAAUAAUUUACAAGGUACGAUUCCAAAUUUGCCAAUAGAAAAUCAUUAUGAUUCUCUUAGUCUUGCAUCAAAUCAAUUUGAAGGUCAUGUUCCAUCAUUUUUACAAGGCUCAAUAUUUCUUGAUCUAUCAAACAAUAAAUUUACAAAUUCUUCUUGGUUUUUAUGGUCUAGUGGUGCAGUUGAUAAUUUAUACCAAUUAGACCUUUCAAAUAAUGAGUUUUCUGGACAAAUUCCGGACUGUUGGACCCAUUUCAAGUCAUUGGCUUACUUAAAUAUGAGUCAGAACAAAUUUUCUAAAACAAUUCCUACUUCAAUGGGAUCACUCCUUCAACUUCAAGUAUUGUUAUUGAGAAACAAUAACUUAACAGGUAUGAUUCCUUCCAUCUUAAAGAAUUGCACAAAUUUAGUGAUGGUAGACAUAGCAGGAAAUAUAUUAUCAGGAUCUAUCCCAGAUUGGAUCGGGAAUGAAUUAUCAAAGUUGCAAUUUUUAAGCUUAAGAAGCAAUUAUUUAUGGGGAAGUUUACCAUUGCAAAUUUGUUAUCUCAAAAGAAUUCAACUCUUAGAUCUCUCGCUAAACAAUUUAGCUGGACAAAUUCCUAAAUGCAUAAAAAACUUUUCUUCAAUGGCUCAAAUGACUUCGCUGAGAGAUUAUCAAAGUCAUCAAUAUUUGGUCCACACGAGAUACAUGACAAGUAACUAUUCAUACAAUUUGAAUACAUUUUUUAUGUGGAAAGGUUCUGAGCUAAUGUUCACAAACAUAGGAUUAUCACUUUUAAAAAGCGUUGAUCUCUCAGACAAUGAAUUAUCAGGAGAAAUUCCAAAAGAAAUAGAGGGUUUAUUUGGAUUGGUGUCAUUGAAUUUAUCAAGAAACCAAUUGACAGGGAAAAUUCCUUUAAAUGUUGGAGAGUUAACAUCACUUGAAUUUCUUGAUUUGUCACGAAACCAACUUGUUGGUUCUAUUCCUUCCAGUCUUGCUCAAAUUGAUCGACUCACUGUGUUAGAUGUGUCACAUAAUUACUUAUCUGGAAAAAUUCCAACUCGCACACAAUUACAGAGUUUCGAUGCAUCGAAAUAUGAAGAUAAUGUUGAUCUCUGUGGACCACCAUUAAAGAAAUGGUGUAUUGAUGGAGUGGCAAGAGAAGAACCGAUUGGUAAAUUUCAAGAGGAUGAUAAUUUGAUUUUCAAUCGUGAAUAUUAUAUAAGUAUGACAAUUGGAUUUGUUAUAAGCUUUUGGGGAGUGUUUGGCUCAAUCUUAAUAAUACGUUCUUGGCGUCAUGCAUAUUUCCAAUUCUUAAGUAAUUUAUCAGACAGCCUCUAUGUCAUAACAGUAGUGAAAGUUUUGAAGAGAUUACACACAACAUAUCAGGUAAUAUAUUUUAACCUUAUGUUACAAACUUAA